AAUCCAAAGUUGGGCAGUGCAGGUGCAGAUCUUAAGAGCUGAAAUUAUUCUCCUUCGGGUUUGAUGAGUACAUUUCUCUUCUUUUUGAAACAAUAUUAUUCAUUGAUCAUGAUAAGCUUUAGAAUAAAGAAACAAAUUAUUUUGAUAUACUUAUGGUUGUGGUGGAGUACUACUACUAGUCUUUAUGUUAAUGCAACAAACGAUAGUUUGAAGCCAGGUGAUACAUUUAAUUCCAAUUCCACGCUAUGUUCUAAACAAGGCAAGUAUUGUCUUGAAUUGAGAAGAUACUUGAUUGUAAUAGAUGUUAAUGGCACAGUAGUGUGGUUUUAUGAUAGAAAUCAUCCCUUUGACUCAGAAGAAGAUUCAACAGUUUUAUCACUAGAUUACUCUGGUGUUCUCAAAAUAGAAUGUCAAGAUAGGAAACCAAUGAUCAUUUACACUUCACCUCAACCCAACAACAACACUGUGGCCACUAUGUUAGACACGGGUAACUUUUUGCUUCAACAACUUUACCCAAAUGGGACAAAGAGUAUAUUAUGGCAGAGUUUUGAUUAUCCCACAAACUUUUUGAUCCCAACGAUGAAGUUGGGAGUUAAUCGAAAAACAGGACAUAAUUGGUCAUUGGUUUCAUGGUUGACUCCUUUGCUACAAACGUCAGGUGAAUUUAGUCUUGAAUGGGAACCAAAACAAGGUGAAUUGAACAUCAAAAAACGCGGGAAAGUGUAUUGGAAAAGUGGAAAACUUAAAAGCAAUGGAAUGUUCGAGAACAUUCCAGUGAAUGUUCAACAUAUGUAUCAGUACAUUAUUGUUUCUAACAAGAAUGAAGAUUCUUUCGCUUUUGAAGUUAAAGAUGGGAACAAUGGAGGGUGCCAAAAAUGGGAGGAUAUACCAACUUGUAGGGAACCUGGUGAGGUUUUUCAGAAAAAGGUGGGAACACCAAAAAGCAAAAUGGACAAUGCAUCAUCAUAUGAAUGGAAUGUAAUUUAUGGUUACAGUGAUUGCAAGAUGAGAUGUUGGAGAAAUUGUAGUUGCAAUGGAUUCGUAGAAUUAUAUGAUAAUUUGACUGGAUGUGUAUUCUAUUCAUGGAAUUCGACACAAGAUGUUGAUUUAGACAGUCAGGGUAACUUUAACGUCUUGGUAAUGCCAACAAAAUCAGCUCUACAUAAGAAAAAUAAAAGAAAGGAGGGUAAGAGCGAACAUUUGGCGGAUUCCAAUGAAUCAUAUGAUAUCAAAGAUCUUGAAGAUGACUUCAAGGGACAUGAUAUAAAAGUUUUUAACUUCGCAACAAUUUUAGAAGCAACUAUGAAUUUUUCCCCUGAAAACAAGUUAGGACAGGGAGGCUAUGGACCCGUUUAUAAGGGAAUCUUGGCAACAGGACAAGAAGUUGCUAUGAAAAGACUUUCAAAAACAUCUGGACAAGGAAUUGUGAAAUUCAAAAAUGAAUUGGUACUUAUAUGUGAACUUCAGCACACCAAUCUUGUACAACUACUUGGUUGUUGCAUUCAUGAAGAAGAAAGGAUUCUAAUUUAUGAAUAUAUGCCAAACAAAAGCCUGGAUUUCUAUCUAUUUGAUUGUACAAGAAGGAAGUUACUAGACUGGUAGAAGCGCUUCAACAUAAUUGAAGGAAUUUCUCAAGGAUUACUCUAUCUUCACAAGUACUCAAGACUCAAAAUCAUUCAUAGAGACUUGAAAGCAAGCAACAUACUUUUGGAUGAGAAUAUGAACCCAAAAAUUUCUGAUUUUGGUAUGGCAAGAAUGUUCACACAACAAGAAUCAACGGUUAACACCAACAGGAUUGUUGGGACGUAUGGAUACAUGUCUCCAGAGUAUGCUAUGGAAGGAAUCUGUUCGACAAAGUCUGAUGUUUAUAGUUUUGGAGCGUUGCUUCUUGAAAUUGUUUGUGGAAAAAACAAUAGCUUCUAUGAUGCUGAUCGCCCACUAAAUCUAAUAGGACAUGCAUGGGAGCUAUGGAAUGAUGGUGAGUAUCUAAAGCUAAUGGAUCCAACAUUAAAUGACACAUUUGCUCCUGGUGAAGUGUAAAUGUGCAUUCAUGUUGGUCUCUUAUGUGUAGAACAAUAUGCAAAUGAUCGACCAACAAUGUCUGAUGUUAUAUCAAUGUUAACAAACAAACAUGAACUCCCAACCUCACCGAGAAGGCCAGCAACACCUAUUCUACAACAGCAGUUUCUACAUCAUGUGAAAUUGAAGCAAAAAUAUAAGUAAUCCAUAUAUAAGGUCAAUCAGUCAUUUGAAACAAAUUUGUUCUUCGAAGUGUCAAAAAUUUCAAGCCAGAAUGUAAUUAAGUUAACUAAAAAUCCGCUUAAAUAUGUUGUUUUUAGG